AUGUCUGAAGAACAUCACGCCGACUACUCUUCAUUUUCUUCGAGUUCCUCGAAAGAGGACGCAUAUGAAACUCUUAUUCUUUCAGCAAAAGCUUUAUUUGUUGAGAAUGAUGUUCCACUUCCUGCCAUUUCUAACCUGUCAAACGCUGCUUCUUUACUUUGGCACCUUUUUCAACAAAUUACGCCUUCCGUUAACUGGUCUGGCUUUUAUCUCCGAGAUCCUACUCUUAAGGAAUCUGAAGUUGAAAAUCAGCAACUCAUUUUAGGCCCUUUUCAAGGAAAGGUUGCUUGCCAACUGAUCAAGUUUGGACGAGGCGUGUGUGGUGCGGCAGCUGCAACGGCAAAGACCCAGCUUGUGCCUAAUGUCCAUGAGUUCCCUGGCCACAUUGCAUGUGAUGGCGAUACCAAUAGCGAGAUUGUAGUACCAAUUGUUGCCACCAAUGGAAAAGUCAUUGGUGUCAUAGACAUUGAUAGCACAGAACUCAACUCGUUUGAUGAGAUUGACAAAAAGUACCUUGAAGAACUGGCGUCUAUUUUGGUAGAGCUUACGAAUUGGAAAAAUUAUUAA